GACGAGGCCCGCUGCCACUUCCGGCGCCCCCUCCUCCCUCCUCGUCUCUGCUGCGUGAGGGGAGCUUCCGGGUGGCCUCGGCGGCUGAGGAGGAGGAGGAGAAGGAGGAGGAGGGUCGGCCGGAGCGUCUGAGGAGAAGCCGAUCCUUUCCUUGGGCUCCCGGAGGCCGCGGAGGCCGCCGCAGUUGCACGCAGAGGAGGCUUCGUUACACUGAGAAGCAAUGGAGGGAGGAGCAAGUCAAACGCAGCCUUGCAAUGAAAACCAGCUCUCAAACUCCGAAGAGGAAUGCGGGUGGCAAGUUACAGACCUGACCCGACUGCGCCGUUUCUUGUGCUUUGGUUCCGAAGGAGGCGCCUUCUACGUCAAGGAACAGAAAUUGAGCUUUGAAAGCGUAGAUGCCCUUUUGAGGCUUAUUGAAGGCGGCAAAGGUUACGAAGCGGUGCAAGAAAUAAAGACCUUCAGCCAGGAAGGAAGAGCGGCAAAACAGGAUCCACUAUUGUUUGCGCUCGCCAUUUGCUCACAAUGUUCUGAUGCCAAAACCAAACAAGAAGCUUAUAGGGCUGUGCCUGACAUUUGUCACACCCCAACCCACCUCUUCACUUUCAUCCAGUUUAAAAAGGAUCUGAAGGAAGGCAUGAAUUGUGGUAUGUGGGGCCGGGCCCUGAGAAAAGCUGUUUCCGUGUGGUACAAUGGGAAGAAUGACAUGGAUAUUGCUUUAGCGGUGACGGCAUACAAGAAGAAAAAUGGCUGGUGUCAUAAAGAUCUUCUCAGGUUAUCACAUCUCAAGCCUGCAAAUGAAGGCCUGGCCAUUGUCACUAAGUAUGUAAUGAAGGGAUGGAAGGAAGUCCAGGAGGCUUAUAAAGAGAGCAGGCUUUCUGCUGAGGCUGAAAAAGUGUUGAAGUAUUUGGAAGCAGUGGAGAGGGUAAAGCACACAACGGAUGAACUGGAAGUGAUUCAUUUGAUAGAAGAGCAUAGUUUAGUUAGAGAACACCUCCUGACAAGUCACUUGAAAUCUAAAGAGGUAUGGAAAGCACUGCUACAGAACAUGCCCGUAACAGCAAUAUUGAAGAACUUGGGAAAAAUGACAGCAAAUUUUGUUCUUGAACCAGGAAGCUCAGAGGUAGCAAUGAUUUGUGAAAAACUAAAAAAUGAAAAACUUCUUAAAAAGGCUCAAAUACACCCAUUCCACAUUUUGGUUGCAUUAGAAAACUAUAAAGGAGAGCGUGGUUAUCGGGGGAAACUGCGUUGGCAACCAGAGAAGGACAUCUUGGAAGCUCUAAAUACUUCGUUUUACAACUCCUUCAAGGCAUUAGAACCAAUGGGAAAGCGCAUCUUAGUUGCAGUUGAUGUUAGUGAUUCUAUGUUGCAAAAGGUUUUUGGUAGUGUGCUGAAUGCUAGAACCAUUGCUGCCACAAUGUGCAUGGUUGUGGCACGCACUGAAAGAGAUUCCCACAUCGUUGCUUUUUCCCAUGAUAUAGUUCCUUGCCUUGUGACUGAGGAUAUGACUUUACCACAAGUAUUACAGAAAAUGUCCGAGAUUCCAAGGGGCGCCACCAAUUGUUCUUCUCCAUUGCUCUGGGCCCAAAAGACAGGUGUAGCGGUUGAUGUUUUUAUUAUCUUCAUGGAUAGUGAGACCUUUGCUGGAGAUGUUCACCCUGCCACAGCGUUGAGAGAGUAUAGAGAGAGAAUGGGAAUUCCAUCCAAGCUAAUCGUUUGCGGAAUGACAUCCAGUGGCUUUACAGUUGCAGACCCGGAUGACAGAGGGAUGCUGGAUAUUUGUGGUUUUGAUACAGGGACACCCGUUGUCAUUCAAAACUUCAUUUUGGAUUUGAUCUAAACCUGUGAGCACCCACUUUUUCUAAAGCUAUUAACUUCCCGAAGAAUCGACUGGGGGAGCUGUCUAUUGCAUUAACAAGACUCUAUUAAUCCAAGGCUAAGUUUCAUCCUUUUGUUGGAGUAUUAACAUUUUAAAAGAGAUGUGAAAACAGCCAGUGGCAAACUCUACUUUCUCAACAUGCUGUUUACAUCUGUCACACAUAAUUCUAGGUUUCCAAUUGGUUUUGAGAACUAAACGUGGAAUACAGUGAAUGCUUUUAAUUUUUUUAUAUUAGUUUAACUAUGAGAAUGUGUUCCAUUACUGAAGAUUUUAUUUUCCUAAAAUGAAUUGUUAAUCACAGGGGAUCAAAGGAUGAGACACCUUUUUACACUGUUUUAGGCUAACAACUGUUUGAUUGGAAUAAUUUAUUCUACUAGCUGGGAAAAAAACGAGCCACAUAUGCAAUACAGGUUAUAUUAUUUCUAUCAUUGCUCAUUACCUCCAAUAACUUUAUGGAACAUUUACCACUGGCAACUUGAUGCUCUCCUUGUUUUUAGCAAAUAUUUUUUUAUUAAGCAAUGGGAAAUUUGGAAACAACAGAUUAUUCCCAGGGGUAUUGAUUUGAUGAUUAUACUUUAGCCUUCUAAAUUCUUGUUUUUAAAAAAGGUCUUGCAAAAACCAUCAGUUUUGUGCACAUUAUGGUCUAACUCAUUGUUUCUCAAAUUUGACAACUUUAAGAUGUGUAGACUGCAAUUAGAAUUCCCCAACCAGCAUAUUGCCAACUUUGAAAAACACUGAAGUGUAACUGGUCUGUGUUUUAUUUCCUGACAAUGGAUAAUAGAAGGUUUCCCAAGCAAGUUUAUUUUUUAUUUUUUAUAGAAUCAGAAUAUCAGAAAAUAAAGAAUAUCUUCUGAUGUUCUUUAUAGAAAAUGUGAUUUAUCAUAUCUCUUGAAGUAAGAGGAGAAAAAGGCAAAAAGAAGCAAGGAUAGGGAUUAUUAAUAAAGCUAGCCAUAUUCACGGGUUACUUGUACAACAGUUAUACAAUAAAUCAGAAAUGGACACACAUUUCUAGCUCCACCUUAACAUGAUGGCUGAUCUGUCUCUCUCUACAUAUUAACAUUUGCAAAGUAGUCUUUUUGUGUCAGCACAUCUACUUCAAUGUAGAGUUGCUGUGAGAGCAAGACAGCUGAUUAUAUGUUAUUUUAAUUUAUAUAGACUCUGCACAUGAACAAUUGGUCAAAAAGAGCUUUCUUGCUCCAUUUCUGUGCUCUGUUUAACUGUUUAAUAAAUUUAUAGGCCGCCCAAUCCCGAAGGACUCCGGGCGGCUCAAUGAAUGGGCCUCACAGACAGGGCCUAAAAUACUUUUAUUCCUGCCUUACCAUCAGGUCGGUUUGCCCAGGGAUUAUCUGUUCCUAAAUCAUGCAAUUUAAUGCCAUUUGCCCUUGGUUGAUUCCUUUGUGCCCUAAUGCAAGGACCAUCGUUGCUGGUAGGCAAAUCAAGAUUAGGACCAGCUGCAGCAUUUUAGCUGUUCCCACAAUUCUUUUGGUAAGGAGAUAACCUGUUGCUGAUCUGAACUUGGCAUUCCGGUUGGGCCUGCUGGGAGUGGCACCAUUCCAGAUGUUGCUAAACUACAAAUUGUCCAUCUUUGUCCUAGAAAAUAAGUUCAUGUAAACAAUACAUUCUCUCUUAAUUGAACAGAAGAGUUAAACGUUAGUAAAUUUAUGGGCUGAGCAAGAAAGAGGCAGCUUAUAUAGAAGACUGUUUCAAAACCGAUGUUACUGUUCCUUUUCUUCCUAUAUUACAGUCCCCUCAUCCAAACCCCCUGUAGAUCAGGAAACGUUUCUGUGUCAUAUGAGCAAUAGUGUGGAAGCAGUUUCCUAUAUUUAAGGGUUCUUAACUCAAUGCAUCAAUUCCCACCUUGGUACAAAAUCACUCUUCUUGGUUUGGACAGUUCUCCUUUGCUGCAAUUCCAUACGACAUGCAACAGCAGGAAAGUCAGGAAAACAAUUAUGGCAGUGUUUACUGC